UGAAAAUGAGUCGAGCCAUAAUCUUCUCAUUGUGAGAGUCGCGUCUGGCCUCUCCCGAGAGAAACGGGAGAGAGAGAACCCAUUCAUAAGUCAUACUGGAUAGAACAGAUAAACGGAUGUGAAGAUGUGGGCCUUGAUGGGAGCCGUGUGCCUGUGCCACUGCGUCGUCGGACAGCUGCCGAAAGGAGCGCCGCGUCUUCUCUGCAGCGUCCCCGGGGCGCCGGGACCGCCCGGCGAGCCCGGCCCGGCCGGGAGCCCCGGAUCGGACGGGAACGCGGGCGCCCCCGGAAGGGAUGGCAGAGAUGGCAGGUCGGGCGAGGAGGGGCACAAGGGCGACCCAGGUUUAAAGGGCAGGGUGGGGCCCACGGGUAAGAUCGGCGAGCGAGGCGAGCGGGGGCCAACGGGUAAACGAGGCCCCGUGGGGGAGAACGGACACGAAGGCCCGCCGGGCCCGCUCGGCCGCGACGGACAGAAAGGACAAAAGGGCCAACGCGGCGUUCGCGGGACGGCGGGGAAAUGCAAAUGCGGGAGCCUCACACCCAAGUCGGCCUUCUCCGUGGGCAUCACCAACAGCUACCCGACGGAGAACACCCCCAUUAAGUUCAACAAGGUCCUCCUCAAUGAGGGCGGCCAUUACAACCCUCAGACAGGCAAGUUCAUCUGCGCGUAUCCCGGCAUUUAUUACUUCUCCUACGACAUCACGCUGGCCAACAAACACUUGGCCAUCGCUCUGAUGCACAACGGACAGCAUCGCAUCAAAACCUUCGACGCCAACACGGGCAACCACGACGUGGCCUCCGGGUCCACGGUGAUGUUCCUCAAGCCCGAAGACGCCGUGUGGCUGGAAAUCUUUUACCACGACCAGAACGGUUUAUUUGCCGACCCGGGUUGGGCGGACAGCUUGUUCUCAGGCUUCUUGGUCUACGCCGACACCGACUACUUUGACACACUGGCAGACGACUACGCGUAAGGAAAACCGAGAAUCAAGCUGAGCUAACGAGCUAAUUACCGUGGCUUUGAUGGUUUUAUCGUGUCUGACAAACAGUUUUUCACUAUUACCGUAUUUCCUCAGUGGCCGCCCCUCCGUGUAUUUCACAAAUAAACAUCACCCUCAAAUUAGCUCACCCAUUUGAGCUCCUUUGCCAGCCAAAACAGCAGCGCCUACUGAGGCUCAUAAAAUGUGUGGAGUCCUGCCGCAUGUUGCAAAUGGGUUUCCUGGUGAAUUUCUCCAUAAUUGUAGUUAUUUAUUUAUUUUAAUUUGAAUUCAUUAUUUUUCACUUGGCAUCAAUUGACGCCUUCCCCGCCUGCAGUUGAGAAAAUCGAAACCCGCAGGCACGAUUUGCUCAAUUAAAGGAUGAUGCGAAGGUACGACAUCAAAUGACCCCCGAGGGAAUAUUUGGUUUAUUAUUUGUGAAAUGGCCCACUAAUAAGUUCAAUAAACAUUGCUGGGAGGAAAGUA